AUGUCUUCCGAAGACUGUUCGCGCAACGAGAGCUAUGACUUUGCUCGCUAUGCAGUUAUCGUCUACAUUGGCACUCCGAUAGCGUUGGCCGGUGUUGUCUGCAACUGCAUCCUUCUGCGACUGUUCUCAAAAUGCCGAUCUAGGAGAUCGCCAACGCUCUAUUUGCUGGUGCUCGCAAUAUUUGAUCUUCUCAUGGAUUUGCUGUACAUACCGUUUUUCACGGUGGAUGCUCUUGCAAUCUACCAUCAGAACGAAUUUCUUUACCAUACGUGGCAUGUAUACGCGAUGUUGGUCUUUGGUACAAGUCGAAUGGAUUCCUUAUACCAUGUUGACUGGAUUCCAUCCGAAUCGCUUAUACGAUUCGCCAUUCAAUUUUCUGUUCCACCACAGGGACUGCCUUAA